GACAGAUUAAGGCGACGAACGGAAAGGGAGUUGAAAGCAAAAGGAGUAAAAGAAGACACGGCCGCAAAGUCUGGACAGCAAACUCUAAUGGGAACUUCCGCUAUCUCAAUGAAGCAAGACAUUCAAGAAUUCAUGGAGAUAGAAACAGAUACGGAAACGAAUAUUGUACACGAAAAGUCCUUUUCCGAAAAGCGCUAUCGGGCUGGUCCAGAUGAUCCGUUCAGAUUGAAGGAGGAAAAACGAAUUGCUGUAGUAAGAAAUUGCAUUUAG